AUGAAUUCGUACCGUGCAACAGAAGCAGAUUGUGUAAAUCGACACAAUGUGUUAGGAUUUAGGAGUGUCGUAGACCCGAACCGGAGGUUUUUUUGUAGCUCCGGUUCAAAUUGGGUUCGAUCUGGGGUUUUCCAUGCUGAUGGGAUUGGGAAGAACUGUAAAUUUAGAAAUGUAAUAGCAAAUGUAGGAUCUAACAUAAGGGGCCAUUCGAAUUCUGUUGAGUCCCGUGUAAAUGGGAAUAGCUUUGAGAAGAUAUACAUACAAGGUGGUUUCAGUGUGAAGCCCUUGAUCACCGAGAGGGAAGACGUCACCCGAAAGGACUCGGUUGGAAAAGAUGAAAGGAAAGAAAAUAAGUAUAAUGUGAAUGGAGAUGAUGGUUCAUAUGCAAGUAUCCAUCAGUUGAAAAGAGAGAGUGGUAUUUCGAGGUCGGCUAUUGGGAAACAUGUGUUGUCGGAGAUUGAGAAAGAGGCAUGGGAUUUGCUUCGAACGGCUGUUGUUAACUAUUGUGGGAACCCUGUGGGGACUGUGGCUGCUAAUGAUCCAGCUGAUAAGCAACCGUUAAAUUAUGAUCAAGUCUUUAUUCGCGAUUUUGUUCCAUCGGCUCUUGCCUUCUUGCUCAAUGGAGAGGGUGAAAUAGUGAAGAACUUUUUGCUCCAUACUCUACAGCUACAGAGUUGGGAAAAGACUGUGGAUUGCUAUAGCCCCGGGCAAGGAUUAAUGCCGGCAAGUUUCAAGAUUAGAAGCAUGCCCCUCGAAGGGCGAGAUUUGGAAUUUGAAGAUUUUUCAGAUCCGGAUUUUGGCGAAGCAGCUAUUGGACGAGUAGCGCCCGUUGAUUCAGGGUUGUGGUGGAUUAUUUUAUUGAGAGCCUAUGGGAAAAUCACCGGUGACUACAGUUUGCAAGAGAGAGUGGACGUGCAGACCGGGAUUCGAUUGAUACUAAAUUUAUGCCUAACUGAUGGGUUUGACAUGUUUCCUACUCUGCUCGUCACUGAUGGUUCUUGCAUGAUCGACCGUAGGAUGGGAAUCCACGGACACCCUCUCGAGAUUCAAGCUUUAUUCUACUCAGCCUUGCGCUGCUCGGGCGAAAUGCUGACGGUGAACGACUCGACAAAAGACCUAAUCGUGGCCCUCAAAAACCGCCUCAGCGCCCUAUUAUUCCACAUACGAGAGUACUAUUGGGUGGAGGCAAACAAAAUAAACGAGAUUUACCGUUACAAAACCGAGGAAUACUCUACGGAGGCUGCCAACAAGUUCAACAUCUACCCAGACCAGAUUCCCGGCUGGCUCAUGGACUGGAUUCCUGAGUCGGGUGGGUAUUUCAUGGGAAACUUGCAGCCAGCUCACAUGGACUUCAGAUUCUUCACGCUUGGGAACAUUUGGUCGGUGGUCUCUUCUCUCGGCACGCAUGAACAGAAUGAAGGCAUUAUGAGUUUGAUAGACGAGAAGUGGGAUGAUUUAGUGGGCCGAAUGCCGCUCAAGAUUUGUUACCCGGCUUUGGAAAACGAGGAGUGGCGGAUAAUUGUGGGUGGUGACCCUAAGAAUACGCCGUGGUCUUAUCACAAUGGCGGGUCGUGGCCGACGCUUUUGUGGCAGUUCACGUUGGCAUGCAUUAAGAUGGGAAAACUGGAUCUGGCCCAAAAAGCAGUGGACUUAGCCGAGAAAAGGCUUCCGGUCGAUCACUGGCCCGAAUACUACGACACCAGGCACGGGAGGUUCGUGGGGAAACAGGCUCGGCUUUACCAGACAUGGACAGUUGCUGGCUACUUGACCUCAAAACUGCUGUUAGAAAACCCGGAUAAGGCGUCCAAAUUGUGUUGGGACGAGGACUAUGAGGUGCUCGGGAAUUGCGUGUGCGGCCUCAAAAGCGGGCCGAGGAAGUGCUCCCGGCUCGAUGCUCGAAUGAGAAGCAGCCUUGUUUAG